AUGAUAGUACAAAAUAUAGAUCCAAAUAACAAUUCAAAAACAAAUAAUAAUAAUACCAGUGAAAAUAAUAACAAUUUAAAAACAAAUAAUAAUAAUAUCAGUGAAAAUAAUAACAAUUCAAAAACAAAUAAUGAUAAUACUAGUGAAAAUAAUAAAAAUUCAAAAACAAAUAAUAAUAAUACUAGUGAAAAUAAUAACAAUUCAAAAACAAAUAAUGAUAAUACUACAAUAGUGCAAAGUAUAGAUUUAGAUUACAAUUUAGAAACAAAUAAUAAUACCAAUAAAAAUA